CCGGAAAUGACGAUUUGUUUUUCCGGAAGUAGCUGCUAGGGAGAAUGGAGGUGGGAGGCUGCAAGGUUGCAUUUGAGAAAGAUGGUGUCUAUUUACACACCAGUGCAAAGCGACAUCCUGAUCAGGAUUCCCUCAUACCAGGCAUUAUCCGUAUCAUUGAGAAGGAUUCGGAUAUUCUGCUACAAUGGACACCUCUGGAGGAGUCCUCCGAUGCAACUCAGAUCAUGUACAGCAAGAAAGACUCCGGGGGCAGCCAGCCUGAAGAAGAGCUAUUUGAUCCAGGGUACGAGCCAGACUGGGCUGUGAUCAGUACAGUGGGGACGCGGUCUCGGGUCCAGGAAGAACCAAAUGCUUCCGGUCCAAAAUCUCCUAUCCCACGUGGCCAGUGGGCCUUCUCUCUCAGCUUGUCUGAGCUGAAAUCUAUUCGCAAGAGUAAACCAGGUCUGGGCUGGUCGUACUUGAUCUUCAUCACCAAAGACGGCGUCUCUAUUCAGGCCCUGCACUUUCACCGCGGAGGCACCAAGGCUCUUCUUAAAGCUCUUUGCAAAUACGUUAUCUUAGCGACGUCUCCCAAAGAUUCCCGCCUCUAUUUGGUUUAUACACAUGACUCUUAUGCCCUCUCUCAUUCCUGUAAUGAGCUUCAGCUCUUUGACGACAGCUCACCCAAUCUGGUGUCGCGGUUUCUGCAGGAUCCUUACGCUGCCACCUUUGGUGGCUUCUCCAAAGUCACCAAUUUCUUCCGCGGAGCUCUGCAUCAGGAGGAUGGAGUUGCCCAGCACGCCCAUGGGGACCCAGCUGCUGGCAAUGUUGAGGAUGAGACAGGCUUUGAAGUGAUCACCUGUCAGACACGGCUAGGGGAGCGGCCACCUGUCCAACGGGAGACCCCCGUUACAGAGCAGGAAUGGGAGCAGCACCUGGGUCCCGACGGGCGUGUGAGGGACCCUGCUGGGUUGCGCAGGAGGAUCUUUGCAGGGGGUCUCAGCAUGCUAUUACGCAAGGAAGCCUGGAAAUACCUUUUGGGCUAUUACUCUUGGGACAACACCACAGAGGAGAACAAAGCCCAAGUGAGGCGGAAAACGGAUGAGUACUUCCGCAUGAAACUACAGUGGAAAUCAGUCAGCGAGGAGCAGGAACAAAGGAACUCCUUGCUGCGGGGAUACCGCAGUCUUAUUGAAAGGGAUGUGAGCCGCACAGAUAGGAACAACAAAUUCUACGAAGGCAGUGAGAACCCUGGCCUGGUGCUCCUGAACGACGUGCUGAUGACCUAUUGCAUGUACAACUUUGAUUUGGGUUAUGUCCAAGGCAUGAGUGAUCUUCUGUCCCCCAUUCUUUACAUCACCCAGAACGAAGUGGAUGCCUUCUGGUGUUUCUGUGGCUUCAUGGAUCUGGUGCACCGCAAUUUUGAAGAAAGCCAGGAGUCGAUGAAACGACAGCUGUCCCAGCUCACCUUGCUUCUCAGAGUCCUGGACCCUGCGCUCUGUGAUUUCCUAGACUCGAAGGAGUCCGGCACUUUGUGCUUCUGUUUCCGGUGGAUCUUGAUCUGGUUCAAAAGAGAAUUUGCCUUCUCUGAAAUUCUUCAGCUAUGGGAGGUACUCUGGACAGGUUUGCCGUGCCCAAAUUUCCAUCUGCUGGUGGCCUGUGGGAUUUUAGAUGCAGAGAGAGAAACUCUUAUGAAUUCUGGCUUUGGCUUCAAUGAGAUCCUGAAGCACAUCAAUGAGCUCACCAUGAAGAUGAGUGUCGAAGACAUCUUAUGCCGGGCUGAGGCAAUCUACAGGCAACUGACUGCUACUCCAGACCUACCCCGCAAUGUCCAGGAGCUGCUGGGCCUGUCUGAGGGAAAAUCUCCCACCCCGAGUACUGACACCGCUAGCUCCCCACAGCCACUGUCGCCCAGUCAGGCCCAGGACAUGGAGCUGACGGACAGUGUUUCCCAGAGCCAGCCAGACAGCAGCAUCGAAAUCUUGCCUACCGAGGAGGCCUCCACCUCCCAGAGCAUCUCUCCUUGAAAACGGAUCAUUGAUGCCACCAUCUUAUUAACACGAGCACUUUAACUAGAGCAGGGUGAGGGCUGGGAAGGGGGCGUUGCUGGGCACUUUGGGAUCUUAUGUUCCUUCUGAAAUUUUAGUUGGUUGCAGGAACCCUGAGUCCUUGUGCAAAGGCAAAUGGGGCUUGGGAGCAGCGAUGAUUUUCUGGAGUUUCCCCCUUGCCCCAGAUUGCCCUAAAUGGCCCCAGUGCUUGUUCUCCAUGGUGUGCCUUUUCCACAAUGCAUUAGGGUAUGGCCACCUCUUUUAGAAACUCUGGGGGCUUGGUGUAGACAACACCUUCUUUUCUACAGUCUGCAGAAGAUGGAAGGAAGGAAGGAAGUUCAUGGCUGCCAUGCAUUUCCUUCUGCGCAGUUGCUACUGGAUGAUUCUCUUAGAUUCUCCCUUCUGCUCCCACAGCCUGCCACAUGGGGCUCCUGGUUCAUGCCUGCCUCUUCCACACCUCCUUCCCUUCCUUCUCCACAACCUUAGUGCUCCUCUGCUGAGCUUCGGUGGGACAGUCAAGUCGUCUUCUUUUUUUCUUCGGGCUGCUGCUGAAGACCCCUCUCAGACCAAGUUAGGAAACACAACUUGUCUGGCAAAUGAGAAGCGAAGCAUAGCAGACGAAAGCACUGAAUUGUGGGAAGCUAGCUCAGGGAAAGAAGGAUGCCCCCCCCCUCAGAGAAACAGAGGACCUAGAAGGCCGAGCUCCUCCAUGCCUUGGCUUUUUGCCAGGGGACUCUUGUUGGCAUCUCGCUUCUCGUGCUUCCUUCCCUUGGCUGGAGGAUCCUUUGGGUCCCCGCUUGCUGCAGGCCAUUUAGGGGGUGGCUAUGAACGGACGGCGGUAUCUAUAAUGAGGAAGGAGGUCCAGCGGUGUUCUUGUGUGCCUCUCCAGCUUUGGAUUUGAUGACUUGUGUAACUUACGCUUAUUCCUGGCCCACUUCUCACCAUUGUACAAUGACCUUGCCAGCCCUUACCUUGGCUUCUUUGUUUCUCCUCAUAAUGUCCAUUAAAAAUGUGUCAUUAG